AUGGACUGUGAGAUCAUGACCUGAGCCAAAGUCGGAUGCUUAGCCGACCGAGCCACCCAGGCACCCCCACUCUCACUAUCUUUUAAGCUUCUGGAAGAGGUUCCCAGAUAAAGGGGGCAGAUGCUCCUAGCAGUGGGAGGUUUUAGGUAAACUCCGAAUUGGUAGGGCUGAUGAAGCCCAAAACGACCUCUAAGAGGGAAGAUGCUAGAAGAGAAGCAGCUUUGGAGGAGCAGCCCUGCCCAGGCUGGGGUGGGGAGGGGCAGGGGGGAGGGCACCUAGCAUCUGUUCGGAAGCAUCCAUUCCUGCCCCUCCUGAAAGCAGGCAUCAAAGGGGACAGUCUCAUUUGACUCCAGGAGGACGGGGGUGGAAGAGGAACUCCACCUUUCUGCUUUGGGUUUCUUUUCCUCUCCUAUGCAAUUUCACCUCUCUUCCCCUUUUCCAGACUGUUCUGUUCUUGAGUCCCUAAGGCUCUACCCAGGGAGGGAGCAGAGAGAACUGACUGGUAGGGUGGGCACCAUCCCUGGCCAGGCGAUUGGUACAGGAUCAAGGUUGGCCCUGGCCUGGUCCUGAGGCAUGGGCCGAGCAGUACUGUUGGCCAGGUGGGCCGGGGACUGAUGCUCACGGCUGCCAGAUGGGUACCCGGGGCUGCUUCUCUCUGCUUGCCUUUCUUCCCUUGUGGUCUGUGAGCCACUCAAGCUUGGUUUCCUCUUAAGAGAAAGGGCAGCUGGCCAGGGAGAGGGACCCCUGGCUAUGUGAGGCUUCCCGCCCCCCACCUCAUCCACACCUUUGCCCCAGCAAAGUGCCCACAGCCACUCCGGAGCCAGCUGUGCCUCUUGGGCCUGGGCCCUUUGGGGGUGGCAAAACAACAAAGCAGGAGAUAAGGAGCUGAUUAGAGCCAACGGCUCGACCCCACCCCCACUUGCCUGAGCAGGGUGGGGAUCCUGGAUCCCCUGGGAGCCGGCACAGUCAUACAGGCCACCUUGGGGGUGGGAGUGGUAAAGGGGGGGUAGGAGGUAGCCGAAGCAAGAUGUUGUGUUUGAAACGAUUUUUCCUGCUUCCUAGCAUCCCAGCCAUCGCCCUUCCACCUGCUCCAGAGAGAAGGGAAGAUGAGUGAGUCGAGCUCGAAGUCCAGCCAGCCCUUGGCCUCCAAGCAGGAAAAGGACGGCACUGAGAAGCGGGGUCGGGGCAGGCCGCGCAAGCAGCCUCCGGUGAGUCCCGGGACAGCGCUGGUAGGGAGUCAGAAGGAACCCAGCGAAGUGCCAACACCUAAGAGACCUCGGGGCCGACCAAAGGGGAGCAAAAACAAGGGUGCUGCCAAGACCCGGAAAACUACCACAACUCCAGGGAGGAAACCAAGGGGCAGACCCAAAAAACUGGAGAAGGAGGAAGAAGAGGGCAUCUCACAGGAGUCCUCCGAGGAGGAGCAGUGACCGCGCCGUGCCACCUGCUCCUUCACCGAGGAGCAGUUUCCUUCUGGGACUGGACAGCUCCGCUCCCACCGCCCCUGCCCCUUCCCCCAGGCCCACAUGUCACCGCCACCCACCUGCGCCCUCGCCACCACACUACACAGCACACCAGCCGCUGCGGGGCCCUGAGGCCCGAGUGGGGAGCAGUUUCCUUUGGUCUCGGUUUCCAGUGACCCCUCACCCAUGUUCACACUUGCCCUUCCAGACAGAGACGUCCCACCUCGCCGCACCCUGCCCCUGCUGCAUUCCCAAGCUCAGUGGUGGGGAUGUUGCUGACUGGGCUCUUGGUUUGGGGGUCCCUUUUUCUUCUACACUCUUCCCCCUGGCUUCCCAUUAAGGGGCCUGGGAGGGCUCCCCUGGCCUUAAAAGGGGCCCAUGCCCCAUCUCAUUGUGAUCUGCUCCACUCCACUGUGCUGGCAGCGGGUAUGGCCUGUGGGGAGGGGCGCUCAGCCCCAGGUGCGGCUCACACCCGCUUUUCUUCCUUCCCACCUUGCCUGGUCCUUGCUCUAGGUUGGACAGCCCCAUUCAGGGCACAGGAAGGAAGGCAGGACGGGUCUGAGCCCCCUAUCCUCGCCAGAUGGGGUGCAGCUCACUCACCCCCACCCUGGAAUCCACUGCAAUGGGGGCAGUUCCGGUCACCCUUUAUCCAGGAGGCCCAGGUUCCCUGUGGCAGCCACCUAAGGUGGGCUGGAGCUGCCGCCAGACCCCAUCCGCUUCUGCCCUAGGCCUCAGUUUCCCCUUUCCUCACACGGGGCACUAAUAACAAGGAGCUAGCCUUGCCCACUCCCACCCUUCUGCUCCUCCCCACCCCCCAAGGUUCUGGUUCCAUCUUUCCUCUGUUCACAAACUACCUCUGGACAGUUGUGUUGUUUUUGUUCAAUGUUUUCAUUCUUAGACAUCCAUCAUUGCUGCUGCGGCCAGCGCCAAAUGUUCAUCCUUGCCGCCUCCUGUUCUGCCCACAUCCCCCUCCUCCAAGACGCUCUUAGGGGAAGGGGCCUGGGGCAGAGCAGGCUGGGUUACCGACCACCCCAGUCCCAGGGAAGGUGGGGCCCCGCCCCUAGGAUGCUGCAGCAGAGUGAGGGGGGGGCCUGUAUAGACCCCCAAGGGUGUAGGGGCCACCUUUUCCCCCUGUUCUGCCGGGGAGGAGGUGGCCAUUAUUUGUCCCAGCCUGGGGCCCCCCCGUCUGGUUUCCUAUUUGCAGUUACUUGAAUAAAAAAAAUAUCCUUUUCUGGA